UCUUUUGUUCGUUCAUUUCCUAUCAUAUUUUUAUCCUUCUCACUUUCUCGCCUUCUGUUGAUGCCCUAGUUCUCUUCGAUUUCUUUCUUCUCGGUAUUUGGGCUCCGGAUUUCGAUGGGCGUGCGGAUUGGGAGAUCUAGAUCCGUGAUCUUAACCGGUUUCUUCGUCCAAGAUCUGAAUUCGUGACCAUUUAUUGGAUUUGGUGAAGAUGAGCGAAUUCGUUCGCCAGUGAUGGAUUGAUCGAAGGUGUGUUUUCAUCGGUUCUAUUCUGGUUCUGUUCCAAUGCGUUCAUAAUUGGUUGAGUUCUGUUGGAGUUGUGUUGACGACGUUGAGGUAUUUUGGCUCCUUACUCGCUUUAUCUUUGGAAUUUGAUUUGAUUUCCUCGAGGAGGGCAGCAUAAGAUUGAGAUAUCAUCGAUUGAUUGAUGAUAAGGAGAAUCGUGCUCUGAGAACCUUCCGAUGUUGGAGGUUUGAUGACCAUUGUUUUGGUAAAUCUUUUGAUAAUGCACCCUGGUUGAUGUUAUUGUCCAUGACCUCAUGGUUCACUAAAACAUGGAGGGAUAGCUGAUUUGGACAUUAGGAAUGAUGGAGGAAGAGAAUUUAAUAGAAAAAGUAUUUUGACCUUCUUGGUGGUCCUUCUUUAUAUAGUUCCCAGUUUCCUCUAUGGGGUGAGAAGUGAGUGGCAGUUUUAUAUUUUCUGAAAAAUGGAGUUGUCAGGUGAUUCAACACAAUCUGAACCAGGAACUUCUAAUGCUGCUUGGUGGGCUUCAGAUCUUAUAGAAAAUUUAAAUUCUGUUUCUUUGGCCCCACGAGAAGAAACUUUGACUACUGGAGAAUCUGCAAGUGAUGUGAGGCUAGCUGUACACUCAUCUCAGGUUGCUUCUCAAAUAUUGUGGUCCACUGGAACCUUUUCAGGAUUGAUACCUAAUGGCUUCUAUUCUAUCAUUCCAGAUAAGAAACUCAAGGAGCUAUUUGACACUAUUCCAUCUCCUGAUGAGCUUUUCUCUCUUGGAAUGGAAAUGUCCAUGGCUGACAUAAUUCUUGUAGAUGCAGAAAGGGACAAGAAACUCUCCAUGCUGAAGCAAUUAAGUGCUGCCAUGGUGAAAGGAAUAUAUGCGAACCCUGCUUUAGUCAUAAGAAAGAUUGCUGGUUUGGUCUUUGACUUCUAUAAGCGUCCAAAUUCAGAGCUGAGUCCUGCAAAAGCUUCUGUAGAUGAUAUUUCUCAUUUGAUGGAUAAUAAAGGUAUCCAACUUCUAGGGCAGAUUAGGCAGGGAUCAUGCCGGCCUCGCGCAAUUUUGUUUAAAGUUUUGGCAGAUGCUGUUGGUCUUGAGAGCAAACUUGUGGUGGGUCUUCCUAGUGAUGGUGGUGUCGAAUGCAUAGACUCAUUCAAGCAUAUGUCUGUGGUAGUUGUGCUGAAUUCUGUGGAGCUGCUUGUCGAUCUUAUGCGCUAUCCUGGACAGUUAAUUCCAUUUUCAACCAAGGCGAUCUUUAUAUCCCAUAUUUCUGCAGCAGGGGAGAGUGACUCUGCUGAGUAUGACUCUUGUGAUUCUCCCCUUGAACCCAAUAGUCCAUUAUAUGGGCUCUCUGACAAAGUGGAGGCUGCAGGUUCAGAGCACUAUGAAAAUCUCCAAUCUUCAUAUCAGCGUAGAGUUGACAUAUCGUCUAGUCUACUUGAUCACUCAUUGCGCAGGGUUAUGCUGAGAUCAACAACUUUUGCAGAGGGAAAUUUAAGUGAACCAGACAUUGCAAAUGCUUUCUGGAGGCGCAGCAGCAGAAAAGUUGCUGGUGGACGUACUGCUAGUUCAAGUCCAGAACAUCCUGUAUCUAGAGCACGAGGGCGGUCCAUGCUUGGUGGUGAUAGGCAGUUGUUUAGAGAAUAUGCAGAUGGCGUGAUCAUUUCAAGGUCAGAUGGUGCUUCAACAUCUGAUGCUCGUAGGGCGCGAAGAAGAAGCAUUAGCUUUACCCCGGAAAUUGGUGACGAUAUUGUGAGGGCUGUACGAGCAAUGAAUGAAGCUCUAAAACAAAAGCGUUUCUUAAGGGAUCAUGAUGGUGAAGGUUCAGGCUCAUUCUCUAUGAAUGAUAAAUGCAGGUUGAAUGACCCACCAAGUAAUGAUGAAGCAUCUGGCAGACUUUCUGAUACAUGUAGUAAUUUCCGAAAGCAGACAGGUUCAACUCAGAAGGCUAUAUCAUUGCCCUCAUCUCCUCAUGAAUAUAGGGGCCAGACAUUAAAGAGAAGUGGGGACUUUCUAAGAACAGAAGUCAUGGAAUCAAAUUGGAACAAACUUUUGCAGACAUCUCCCUUUUUGAAUAAGCCUUUAUUACCUUUUGAUGAAUGGAACAUUGAAUUCUCAGAGUUAACUGUUGGAACACGUGUUGGAAUAGGAUUCUUUGGGGAAGUUUUUCGUGGCAUAUGGAAUGGUACUGAUGUUGCAAUAAAAGUUUUUCUGGAACAAGAUCUGACAUCUGAGAACGUUGAAGAUUUUUGCAACGAGAUAUCUAUACUGAGCCGUCUCCGGCAUCCGAAUGUUAUAUUGUUUCUUGGUGCAUGUGUGAAGCCACCACAUCUGUCAUUGGUUACAGAAUACAUGGAGAUGGGAUCUUUAUAUUAUCUUAUACAUACUAGUGGCCAGAAAAGGAGGCUAAGUUGGCGUAAGAGAUUAAAAAUGCUUCGUGAUAUUUGCAGGGGGUUGAUGUGCAUACAUCGCAUGAAAAUAGUCCAUCGUGACCUAAAAAGUGCAAAUUGCCUUGUGGAUAAACACUGGACAGUCAAGAUAUGUGAUUUCGGACUUUCAAGGGUGAUGAAAGAUAGUCCAAUGAGAGAUAACUCAUCUGCGGGAACCCCAGAAUGGAUGGCUCCUGAACUCAUACGCAAUGAAUCAUUUACAGAGAAAUGCGACAUUUUUAGCCUUGGAGUUAUAAUGUGGGAGCUUUGCACUCUCAAUAGGCCAUGGGAAGGCAUACCACCAGUUCAGGUGGUAUAUGCAGUUGCUAAUGAAGGUAAAAGGCUAGACAUACCAGAAGGCCCUCUUGGCAGCCUAAUUUCAGAUUGUUGGGCAGAACCCAAUGAGCGACCAAGCUGUCAGGAAAUCCUCACUCGCCUCCUCGAUUGUGAAUACUCUCUCUGCUGACUUUUGUGUCGACUGUAGCAUGUACAGCAAGUUAGCUGGUCUGCCCAUCUACAUAGAGAAAACAGAGACAGCUUUCUCGAAGAUUGUGCCUCCUCCUGCUGCCCUAUACAAGAUACCACUAUCAAAGAUUGGCCUCCUGUUUGAAACACGGGUACGGCCGCUCGUGAGGGUCUGUUAACCGGCCUUCCCCUUCUGUGUCAUCGUGUCCCUGUUCCACAAACUAGAUUCUGCAUUCUUUUUUUUUUGACAAACCACCAAGAGUGUUACCGCCUCUUCCAACUCUACGCAGUCAAACCCAAAUCACAGCCCCAGAUAAAAAGUCUUAUGACCUGUUGCCAUCACUACCUCUUUAAUCCAUUAGGUUGAAAAGAGAGGAAGAAAGAUGAAAGGAAAAAAGCUGACUCCGACGUCUUGUUCAUUAGGAGAUCCAAGUUUGGACCGCAAUAUUCCCUCUCAGGGAACCCUCUAUUUAAAGUUUUAAUGCGCCUCGAGUUCUACUUUGCUGAUCACUUUUCCUCUACAUGUACAUGGCUGAAGUGGCAGCAGAGCAGUUGAAAGCUGAGUUGGAGGCAGAGAGAGUAAAGAAGCCGCAGUUCGAAGUGGUAGCCGUGCUGUUGUCAGUUGAAUUGAAGGUCAGAACAACAGUUUCCAAAAGUUGCGUUGACGCUCGACAUCGUCUCAUGUUCAUACAUGUUCCGCUGAAGAUCCAGCGUCACUGGUGGGUCAGUCUUAUUCUGAUCAUUUUAUCUUUGUCAGAAUGAUUAGACUUUACAAGAAAAUGAAUUCAUUUUUCUCAGCCGCAUCCAUUCAUGCAUGUAAAACAAUAUUAGUGAUCAAGAACUAAGUUACGUGACUAA